AUGGCUAAAAGAGGUGCUGAUGAGAGUGAGAUCACAAACGAUGACAAUAUCAAUGGGAAAAGACAGAGAACUGAUCCUACCAUGGUUAAGAUGGUUGCUGCUGAGAGUGAGAUCACAAACGAUGACAAUAUCAAUGGGAAAAGGCAGAUAACUGAUCCUACCAUGGCUAAGAUGGGUGCUGCUGAGAUUGAGAUCACAAACGAUGACAAUAUCAAUGGGAAAAGGCAGAUAACUGAUCCUACCAUGGCUAAGAUGGGUGCUGCUGAGAGUGAGAUCACAAACGAUAACAAUAUCAAUGGGAAAAGGCCGAGAACUGAUCCUACCAUGGCUAAGAGGGGUGCUGCUGAGAUUGAGAUCACAAACGAUAACAAUAUCAAUGGGAAAAGGCCAAGCAAACGUCAAAGAAGGGUUGAAAUCAAGAAAGUUGAAGAGAAGAACAAGCGUCACGUGACCUUCUCCAAGCGCAAAAGGGGUCUCUUCAACAAAGCCGCCGAGCUCAGCGUUUUGUGCGGUGCAGAGACAGCGGGGAUUGUCGUGUCAGGCAACGGCAAGGUGUUCUGCUUCGGCAGCCCCUCCGCUGAUAUCGUCAUCCACCGCUACCUCGGCCACAAUGCCUCCUCAUUAUUACAUGCAGGUCAGCCAGAUAUUCAUCAUGUAAACGGCGAAGUUCGAUAUUGUCCUUACAAUAUUUCUUCGCAUGUGAGUAUAAUGCGCAAUGGUAAUAAACAAGUAGAGGAUUAUAUGGAAGCUAGAAGGCACAUGGAGGUAGAGAAGAUCAAGCGUGUGAAGAAUAAUAAUACUGACAAUAUUGAUGAUAUUGAUAACAAUAUUGAUGGAGAAAGAGGAGGAUGGUGUUAUGGGUGGUGGGAGAAGCCGAUUGAGAUGACGACUAGUUUGGAGGAGUUGGAGGAAUACAUGGCAGCCUUGCGCCAGUUGAAACACAACGUUGAAGUUCGAACCAAUCAAAUGGUUAUGAAUGUUGGGUACAAUUGUUAA